CAUCUGCGAGCGGGUGACCCCCCGGCUGUCCCACGCCAACUCUGCCGUGGUCCUUUCCGCCGUGAAGGUCUUGAUGAAAUUCACCGAGAUGCUCUCGAAAGAUCUCGAUUAUUACGGGACUUUGCUGAAGAAGCUGGCGCCCCCUCUGGUCACCUUGCUCUCCGCCGAACCGGAACUGCAGUACGUGGCCCUCCGGAACAUCAACUUGAUUGUGCAAAAAAGGCCUGAAAUUCUCAAGCACGAGAUGAAAGUGUUCUUUGUGAAGUACAACGACCCGAUUUACGUCAAGCUGGAGAAGCUGGAUAUUAUGAUCCGCCUGGCCUCUCAGGCCAACAUCGCACAGGUGUUGGCCGAGUUAAAGGAAUACGCAACCGAAGUGGAUGUGGAUUUUGUGAGAAAAGCUGUGAGGGCCAUCGGCCGAUGCGCCAUUAAGGUUGAGCAAUCCGCUGAGCGCUGUGUGAGCACGUUGCUGGAUCUCAUCCAGACCAAGGUCAACUACGUGGUGCAGGAAGCAAUUGUGGUCAUCAAGGACAUUUUCCGCAAAUACCCGAACAAAUACGAAAGUGUGAUCGCGACCUUGUGCGAGAACCUGGACUCCCUCGACGAACCGGAAGCCAGGGCCGCCAUGAUCUGGAUCGUGGGAGAAUACGCGGAGCGCAUCGACAACGCGGAUGAGCUGCUGGAGAGCUUCCUGGAGGGCUUCCACGAUGAAAGCACCCAG